AUGUUAUCUCUCAAAUCUCUCCUUCUUCCAGCAAUUCUCUCUCUCGCGGCCACCCCCUCAUUCGCCGCUACCACGACGACGAGUGAUUGCCCGCAAAACUGGUACUCAAAUACAUAUAAAGGAACGCGCUGCUGCUAUGGCUACAUGAGAAUUGUUGACGCGGAUGCUUUCUGCUGUGUCGUUGAUUCGACGCCCAAAACGGAAACCACAUCUACUGCCACAAAAACUGCAACGUCACUUGAGGAGGAAUGGGCUGGAGCGGACUAUUGCUUCAAGUUGGUUCCUUUCACGGCUAGUGACUAUUCGGAUCAAGUCUCUUCGGCAUCGGCGGCGGCUGUUGCUACCAACACAAGACCUUCGACCAAUGAGGCGACCUCUACUAGCACAAGCACAAGCACCGACACAGGCUCUGGAUUGAGCGCAACCUCUGGCUCAAGCUCCAGUACCGCAUCGACCUCUGUGACUCCAACUACGAAUGCGGCUAUGCCGGUCGCUACGGCUAAGGGAGUCGUGCUUGGUGGUGCCGGAGUUGCUGCCGCUCUUUUUGUUCUGUGA